UAAAUAUAUGAAAAGAGAACUCCCGCGAAUUCCCAGCAUUUGAAGAAUACCAAUAUCCCAUUCAUCACUCUACCCUGCCCUGCCCUGCUCCUCAAACAAUCCCUUUCCCUUCUCCUUCAAACUUCCCCAUCUUCUUCCAUCAAACCUCUCAAUAAUCCUUUCCAAGAAUCUCCCAAAAGCAAAGCAUCAUUCCUCUUCUACACCCUCUCCAAUGUGUUGUGCGUGUGUACGUUUGAGGGGGUUGGGGGUUGGGUUAGUAUAUAUAUCAUACUAAUCCUGCCCACAAUCCCAACAACAAUACCAUUCCAAGAAAAACAUUCUUCUUCAAAACUCAAAGUUUCCUCUUUGUGUUGCCAAAAAUCAUUUCAAUCUUCAAAAUGGCCUCCGAACAAACCCCUGUUGAAGCACCACUAGCCCUUUCAAAGUAUUCGAAAAGGGUCAUCUUGAAAACCAUAUUAGAUCGUCCAGACGGUGGUGUGGGGCUCAUUGGACAGAGAGUAGUGGUCGGAGGAUGGGUUAAGUCCUCCCGCGAAUUCAGGAAAGAGCCUGUGGCGCCGGCUCCUGAUGUUGGAGGACCUAAAGAUGUUAGCUGUGUCGAAGUUCUCCAAAGCAGGCUGCCUUUUUUUAAGUCCAUCAUAAAGGUUUUCGCAGGAGAAUAUCGUAUACGUGAGAAGUUGGAUACAGUUCUUCCUAAGCCACCACAGCCCUCGAUUUCCAUCUUGCAAAUUAGUGAUGGAUCUGGUGUUUCAAGUCUGCAUGUUCUGGUGGACUCAUCUUUAGCUCCUCCAAGUCAAGUUAUGCCAACGGGCACUUGUGUAUUAGCUGAAGGCAUAUUGCAGAAACCAUCAUUGCAGGGGAAGGAAACCAUUGAGCUUAAAGCAGACAAGAUUCUUCACAUCGGAACAGUCGAUCAAGAUAGAUAUCCUUUAUCGAAGAAACGUUUGCCCCUGGAAUCGUUGAGGGAUUCAGCCCAUUUUCGCCCACGCACAACAACGCAGGUGGCAUCUGUAAUGAGGAUAAGAAGUGCCCUUACACAAGCAACACAUACAUUCUUCCAACAAAAUGGAUUCCUUUACGUGCAAGUGCCCGUAAUCACAACUACUGAUUGUGAAGGAUUUGGUGAGAAUUUCCAAGUGACUACUCUUCUUGGUAAAGAUCAAAGUUCUGUCGAUGAUAACGGAGGUGUGAAACUUGAAACUAUCAAGGCUUCCAUCAAAGAAAAGAGCAAGCAAGUUGAAGAACUGAAAAGAAGCAAAAGCAACAAGGAAGCUCUGGCUGCUGCUAUUCAGGACCUGAAGAAAACAACUGAGCUAGUAUCUCAGUUGGAGGCCAAACAGAAGGAAAAAUCUGGGAAGUCUCACACACAGUCCAACAGACUUGAUUUCUCUCAAGAUUUUUUUUCUUGCAAGACCUAUCUCACAGUAUCGGGCCGUCUGCAUUUGGAGAGCUACGCAUCUGCUCUUGGGAAAGUUUACUCUUUCGGGCCUAGAUUUCAUGCGCACAAAUCUGACUCCAAGAAAUUGUUGGCCGAGAUGUGGAUGGUUGAGCUCGAAAUUGCUUUCUCCGAACUGGAGGAUUCGAUGGAAUGUGCGACUGACUUUUUGAGGUUCAUCUGCAAAUGGAUUUUGGAGAAUUGUACUGAAGAUCUAAAAUUCAUCUCCAAACGUGUUGAUAAACUUGUUCUUGAUCGCCUUCAGUUCAUCGCAACAGGUCCGUUUGAAAAGAUUUCUUACACUCAGGCAGUGGAUGUUUUGAAGCAGGCCAAUGAAAGAAAAUUUCAGACAAAAGUCGAGUGGGGUGUUUCUCUCAACGAAGAACAUGAAAGCUACUUAACAGACGAAAUUUACAAGAAGCCACUCAUUAUAUAUGACCAUCCAAAACAACUUAAGCCAUUCUAUGUGCGCCUGAAUGCUGAUGGAAAGACCGUUGCAGCAUUUGAUGUGAUUGUCCCAAAGGUUGGAACUCUAAUAAGAGGAAGCCAAAACGAGGAACGCUAUAAUACCUUAAAUGCAAGGAUCAAGGAAUCGGGUUUGGAAAAGCAGCAAUACGAGUGGUAUCUGGAUCUUCAUAGGCAUGGAGCCGUGAAUUGUUCAGGAUUCAGCUUUUUAUUCGACCCCUUGGUUCUUUAUGCCACUGGACUCAAUGAUGUUAGAGAUGCAGUUCCAUUUCCAAGAAGCUUCGGCAAAGCCAAUAACUAAGCCACUGACAACGAAAACGUCCCAUUUCCAGCAGAUGUUUUAUUAAAGUUUGAGCAGAACAUACCAAAUGUAUAUUCAUUAUCUGUGACAAGUAAUCCCUGGACGGGAUCGACAUGUAUACAUGUACAUAUACACAUCAACUGAAAAUGAACAGUAUUUAAUACAAGUACACUUUCUUGAAACACAUCAAGGUUUUAAGGCCAUGACUGACUUAUAGCUCACGAGGCUAUCAACCAAGGACUCGUGUGAACCAAGAGGAAAGAAAAACGGAUAGAGUUCAUAUCUAACGUAGCAACUGCUGUAUAGAACUCGACAUCCUUUCUUAUUACCGCAAAUUGUGGGAAAUUUUUCGAUUGCAAUAGCAAUACACUGAGCACAAUUCAACUCUGAAAGAUCUCUAGUGCACUGCACCAAAGCGUAAAGCCUGACAAACGACGAGAUGUCAGUCUUUCCUUUCCCCAGCCCUUUGCUUCCAGGCUUGACAGCUUCUGAGCUAAUCUGGUCCAUUAAAUCUCCUA